CAUUUUAGUAAGCCCACCUUAAAAGAUAUUCAAAGAUAAGUAGAGUAAGUUGAAUAGAAGGGUUUGGGAUUGGACUAAUAGCAAACACUCCUAGGAUAUGCAGACAUUUGCACAGUCUGUCUAAUGUAUUUGUGUCAGGAAGCUGGCUGAAUAUUCCUGACAAUCUGGAAUUAUGAUCUAGCCACACAACAAUGAAGAGUUUUUCAAAGGAAAGGCUGUUUCCCAGAGUGGGCCUAUCCUCAGGAAAUCACAUACGUUUCUUGUGACAACAGAUGUUAUUGCAAGUUUCAUUUCAGCUUCAAGCGCUCAGUGAAUAUGUUGUCGAAAUUUUUGGGAUUAUCCAAAACUUGGAACUAAGUAUUUCUACAAGACAAAGUAUUGUAAAGAGGAUUGACUUAGACUGAGGCUGGGUCUUCACAUUUUCAUACCAAGAUGACACAGUCUAUAAAUAUAAGUAAUAAUCUUCCAGAUCUAGGAGCUCCCUUCUUAUACUGGGAUCGUAAUGAAAGUGACAAGGCUUCCUACUGUGUGGAAACACCAUAUGGAUUCCAGUUGGAUUUGGACUUUCUAAAAUAUGUUGAUGAUAUCCAGAGUGGUCAGACUUUGAAGAAAAUGUCUCUAAGCAGAAAACUAAGAUCAUCACGGCGCUCUACAUCAUCUUUAAGAAGCCUGUCCAGCCAAACUGGAAUUUCGGUUUCAACAGAGUCUUUGGAUUAUAGUGAGGAUGGCACCUCAUCAGACUCAGUUUUUUUCUCAAGAGAUGUUGUAGAUAACAGCUACUCUGGUGCGGCCAAACAGGCAUUGGGUUUAAGAAAGUCAAAUCCAAUAUCGCCAACACCCUUCUUUAAACUUCUCCCACCUCCACCAGCAAGGUCUCUUUUGAACGCUCGUGUUGAAAAAGCACUUGAGGGUAGAAAAAAACAAGAGCAACUAAUUGUAGAUUAUGAAAAGUCUUCAAAUCUUUCCAAGCUUAGUUCUGCUAGUAGAAGUUCACCCAAUCUCACCCAAGGAUCUUUAUCAACUUUGCAGUAUAAUAAAGGUGGAGACAGACGUGCAGUCCUAAGUCCAACCUCCACCGGAUCUAUGAAAUUCAGUCCUGUGAAUUCUGGAAGAAAUACUCCAGCUGAUAAUUCUUCUUCAACUCAUCUUCAGUAUAUUCGGGAGCAGAUGGCUGUUUCAUUGAAGCAGCUGAAAGACCUUGAAGAACAGGUAAAAGUAAUUCCUCUCUUACAGAAGCAAAUGUAUGCACUUGAAAGAGAGAAAAAGCAGCUUACAGAUGAACUGGAGAAGCAGAGGGCAUAUGCCAUUGGAAUGCCAUCAAUGGCUAACUCUGGCCUCCAUGAUAUUGAUUUAAAGAAAAAGCUUGACGCUAUAUCUGAAAAUGAGAUUAAAACAGAAACGAUAACAUCUAAAUCUGAAAUUAGAUUAGAGUCUGGAUUAUCUAAGCCAAGUAAAAUUACAGAGCUAAAAAGACUCACAGAGAAAUUAAGUGAUACAGAAAGAAAAAGCCAUGAAAAAGCAGCAACUGACAAAACAUUUGUUCGUUAUCCAGCAGUGAAGGAAAAGUCCAGAAAGUCUGUAUCUGUUGGUGAGAAUAUUCCUAUGACAGAGUCUGUGUUUUACUAUAGAUCUCAACGUGAAAAAAAAGAUGCUGCCGUACAAUAUUCAACUGAAACAUCAGAUGUAGGUGUUUGGGUAAUGGAACCAUUGUUAGGACUGACAUCCGAAGCUGAGAGGGAAAUACAGAUUUUGGAACAUACAAUAGAACAUCAAAGAGCUGUUAUCAAAAUUCUUGAAAAUAAUCUUAAGGCUGCCUGUGAUGAAAUGGAUGAGCUAAGGGUAGCUGUCUCCACCAGAACCAUCAUAAAUGUGCAACCAAACCCAGUGGAAGCGUCAGCAGAUGCAAACGGUCCAAAACCAUCUGAAGAAUACUUACAAAUGGUGGACACAAGAGCGCUUUUUGCUCCAGAAAUGUCUGCAAGUGGCAGUGAUAUUGAAUUAAAUAGAUUAGAUCAGUUUGAAGAUGAAACUGUUGUGGAUAUGAUGACUGAAUGGAAAGAAAUAAGUACACAUUCUAAAGGACAGUUCAAACCCGGUAGUAAUGGAUUUGACACCAUAAGUGUACCGAUUUCUGAGCAUGAACUGGCAAUCUUAGGAAGAGAUGAGGUGGAUAGUCCCGACAAUAAAGAUAUUAAGUGUGAUAUAUCUAAAAAAGAUAUCAAAGAUGCUGAAACAUAUGCCACUGGGGCUUAUGCAGGAGAAAAGAACAAAGCGAUAAUGCAUCCUCAGAGUUCAGAAGAAGUGCAAGAGGAUAAUGCAGGUGAAGAUACAGAUGAAAGCAGGACAUUAAAAUCUUUAGAUGAAGUCAUUAUGAGCUGCGCUCAGGUUCUUGCCAGCUAAGUAUUUAAAGCACUGAAGAUGUCAAGUGGAUAGUGGACUCAUUUCAUUGGACACAUUACUGAUUCCCAUGGUAGUGAAGACCAUAUUUUCCAGUUACUGAUGUGUUUCUAAUAAUCUUUGUAAUAUACUUUUGUGCUUCUUUGUAUUCUUGUUGGAAUGCUUAUAAAAUCUAUCAGGUGUUAAACCAAA